GAAUAUAAUCCUGGGGUGGGGGGUUUCGACAAUUGUGGGAUUGUUUAUAGUUUUCACUUCACAUGAAUCACAUACGUUCAUGUCGUUGAUUCGAUUUCUGAGAUACUCUACGGUCUUCCCCAUUUUUUUAAUUUUUUUUUAUAAAUUUUAAAUUUAUUGAAACCACGUGGAUUUGCUUGUCCUGGUUUUUGUUUUCUUUUGCCUUUUUUUGUUUUGCUCAUCAGAGAGCGUUUUGAUGAAAUCGAGGAACCUUAACACACUAGACCACCACCAACAACAAGUUCUUCGAUCCAUUUGAUUCCUACUAGAGUUGCUUAUCUCUCUUUCUCUGCCUCCUCCUUCUCUCAAAUUAGGGUUUCAUCUUCGAUUCUCAAUACUGUUCCUUUCGAUUUUCGAGUUUCUCUUCUAUCUUUGUAUUGCUGUAAUACUAACUAGUCGAGUUGACUCACUUAGAGAGAGUCACAGCGAGUUGACAAGCUCUUGGGUUUACGAAGACCACCUAAUUGAAGCUAAACCUUUUCCAUUGGCCUGCCAUAUUGGAGCGUUUUCAUUUAGAUGGGAGGUCAAUGCUCUAACCUGAGUCGGUGUUGCCGGAACUCAUCUCACAAGACAGCUGUUCUUGAAGCUCCUGAUGUUGAAAAUGGAGAGAGUAGUGAGAACACUGAUGUGCCUAAUUUCCGGGAGUAUACAUUAGAACAGCUCAAGGCGGCUACUUCUGGUUUUGCUGUCGAGUAUAUUGUCUCUGAACAUGGAGAAAAGGCUCCAAAUGUCGUCUACAAAGGGAAAUUGGAGAAUCAAAAGAAGAUUGCUGUCAAGCGUUUCACAAGAAUGGCGUGGCCCGAUGCACGACAAUUCCUGGAGGAAGCUAGGUCGGUUGGUCAGCUGCGGAGUGAGAGAAUGGCCAAUUUACUCGGAUGUUGCUGUGAAGGUGAUGAGAGGUUACUUGUAGCAGAAUUUAUGCCCAAUGAAACACUAGCCAAACACCUUUUUCACUGGGAGACACAACCUAUGAAAUGGACUAUGAGGCUUCGAGUUGUUUUAUAUCUAGCACAAGCUCUUGAAUACUGCACCAGCAAAGGCCGUUCUCUUUAUCACGACCUCAAUGCUUACCGGGUUUUGUUUGAUGAGGAAUGCAAUCCAAGGCUCUCCACUUUUGGCUUGAUGAAGAAUAGUCGUGACGGCAAAAGUUACAGCACUAAUCUUGCUUUCACCCCUCCUGAGUAUCUACGAACUGGGAGAAUUACUCCUGAGAGUGUGAUAUACAGCUUUGGUACUCUUCUGCUUGAUCUUCUCAGUGGGAAACAUAUACCUCCUAGCCAUGCCCUUGAUCUGAUUAGAGACAGAAAUCUUCAGACACUAACAGAUUCUUGCCUGGAUGGGCAAUUUUCUGACAGUGAUGGCACAGAGUUAGUACGCUUGGCGUCUCGUUGUCUUCAAUACGAAGCUCGUGAGCGACCAAACACGAAAUCUUUGGUGACUGCCUUGACGCCUCUUCAGAAGGAAACAGAGCUGCAGGUCCCAUCUCAUGUUUUAAUGGGUCUCCCUCACAGUGAUUCAGUCUCUUCUCUGUCGCCUCUUGGUGAGGCUUGUUCAAGAAGAGACCUGACUGCUAUGCUUGAGAUCUUGGAUAAACUGGGAUACAAAGACGACGAGGGUGUCACCAAUGAGCUCUCGUUUCACAUGUGGACAGACCAGAUGCAAGAGUCUUUGAACUCGAAGAAGAAGGGUGAUGUGGCUUUCAGGCAAAAAGACUUUAGAGAGGCCAUUGAGUGUUACACGCAGUUUAUUGAUGGAGCAAUGAUCUCUCCAACAGUGUGUGCUCGCCGUAGUCUGUGUUACCUAAUGAGUGACAUGCCGAAAGAAGCUUUAGAUGAUGCAAUUCAGGCUCAAGUGAUAUCUCCUGUGUGGCACGUGGCGUCAUAUCUGCAGUCUGCUUCCCUUGGUAUCCUGGGAAUGGAGAAAGAAUCUCAAAUCGCACUCAAAGAGGGCUCGAACCUUGAAGCAAAAAGGAAUUCAGGUUCUAGAGUGAAGUAACCAUAUAUAGUGUUUAAAGAUUUGUCAUUUGGGAAAGAUGAAAGAACAUCUUACCAAGUAAAAAGGGGGUUUGAAUCUUUUGAGCACAAUGAUGGGAAAACAGGCAAGAGCAAUGCCUGAGGAGACCCUCUUCUUCUCGAGAGAUGAUUGGGUUGUUUGAGGUGUUUUUGCUCUUCUUGUGCCUCUUUUUAUGGGCAUUGAAUUGAAGGAGUCACUUCCUUUAUUGGCUUUCAAGUCCAUUUCCUGAAGAAACUCUAUGUACUAAAAAAACAAAACCUUUAUUGCAGAAACCAAAAAGAGAUUUUAUGUCA